ACACCGCAGGGAGGAAGUCCACCCCGCUGCACUUAGCUGUGGUUUGCUGCAACAUGGUGCUGAGCCAACCAUCCGAAACACUGAUGGAAGGACAGCGCUUGACCUGGCUGAACUCUCUACCAAAGCUGUGCUGACCGAUAACUCUGGACGUCCUGGUGGAAAUGGGCCACACAGAGCUGAAGGAGACAAGGAGACACACACAAGAUCAUCAGAGGGGUGGAGAGAUUUAUUAGUGGACCUCAGAAUGCAAAGUACGAUAAGGGAACACAGAGAUGGCGGUCAUGCAGGUGGGGUUUUCAACAGAUACAGCAUUAUGAAGAUCCAGAAGGUGUGCAACAAGAAGCUGUGGGAGAGAUACAGCCAUCGCAGAAAGGAGGUUUCUGAGGGGAACCACAACCAUGCCAAUGAACGCAUGUUCUUCCACGGCUCACCGUUCGUAAACGCCAUCAUUCACAAGGGCUUCGAUGAAAGGCAUGCGUACAUAGGAGGAAUGUUCGGGGCCGGGAUCUACUUUGCGGAAAACUCUUCCAAAAGCAACCAGUAUGUUUACGGAAUAGGCGGAGGAACAGGGUGCUCUCUUCACAAGGACAGGUCGUGCUACAUGUGUCAGAGACAUCUUCUGUUCUGCCGUGUGACUUUGGGGAAGUCUUUCCUCCAGGACAUCACUCAGUCACUGGCCGGCCCAGUGUCAACGGUCUCGCUCUGGCGGAGUAAGUCAUCUACAGAGGAGAGCAGGUGCUCUGACCUUUACCUGAAAUAAAAUAGUGUCAAGGCAACAUUUCUAAUUUUUCAUUUAGUUUAGUUUAGUUUAUCCAAUUUUCAGCAUCAUUACUCCAGUCUUCAGUGUCACAUGAUCCUUCAGAAAUCAUUCUAAUAUACUGAUUUAUGCUCAAAAUUAAUUAUUGUACUUUUUGUUAUUGAUGUUGAAAACAAAUGCUCUGCUUAAUAUUUUGAGGAACGUGAUAUUUUUUCAGGUUUCAUUGAUGAGUAAAAAGUUAAAAAGUAGAGCAUUUAUUUAAACAUAAAUAAAAGUUGAAUAAACAGAAUAAAAAAAAAGUGUACAUUUCUUUAAAAAAAAAAAAAAUCCUUCAAUGAUAUAUUCUGUGAAGUGGCACUAAUUGUUUUUUUUUUUUUUUGUUGUUGUCAUUUUU